ACUAGCAUCCAAAGCGUUAUUGCAAUCUUUCUCUCUAACGCAAUUUUCUCUUUCUCUCCCACGCACGCACGCACACAACAACACAUACAAAACAACCUUCUUCAUCUUCUUCUUCUUCAUUAUUCCCUGCGCGAUUAGAUCGCACAAUUUUUGGAACCCUAAUCUACCACAUUUUCUCUCACACCUUCAUCUAAAUCUCACAAAUCACUCUAAUCGAAUCAAAUCAACGUCGAUCACUCUAAUCACAUCGUUUAAUACUUAUUAUUAUUCCUAAUCAUUCGUUGUUAUCGAUGGAAAUGAUCGGUAACCAUUCUUCUAACCAUUCCCCCGAUAAUCUCCAAUCACGUCGUCUUCCGCCGUGGAAUCAAGUAGUUCGCGGCGAAUCGGAGUCUAUCGCCGCCGUUCCCGCCGUUUCUUUAUCGGAGGAAUCUUUUCCGAUUGUAACUGCUCCGGUGGAUGAUUCUACCUCUGCUGAAGUGAUCUCCGAUAACGCAGAUAACGGAGGUGAGCGCAAUGGUGGUACUGGUAAGAGACCUGCUUGGAAUCGGUCUUCCGGCAAUGGCGGUGUUUCGGAGGUUCAGCCGGUGAUGGAUGCACACUCGUGGCCUGCUUUAUCUGAUUCUGCUCGAGGUUCUACGAAAUCGGAGUCGUCGAAGGGUUUGUUAGAUGGAUCUUCUGUUUCUCCAUGGCAGGGUAUGGAAAGCACACCUUCUUCCUCUAUGCAAAGACAAGUCGGAGAUAAUGUAAAUGUAAACAAUAUGGCACCAACUCGCCAGAAAUCAAUCAAACACAACAGUUCAAAUGCAUCUUCUAAUGGGGGCCACACACAGCAGUCUGCACCCCAAGUUUCGAUAGCUGCAACGGGAUCUCACACCUCUUCUUCCAGAGACCAUACACAGUCUCCCAGAGACCAUACACAGUCUCCCAGAGACCACGCACAGUCUCCCAGAGACCACACCCAGAGAAGUGGAUUUGUGCCAAGUGAUCAUCCACAGCAGCGUAAUUCAUUCAGACAUCGUAAUGGUGGUCCUCAUCAGCGUGGAGAUGGUUCUCACCACCAUCAUAACUAUGGGAACAGGCGUGAUCAAGACUGGAAUAGUCGUCGAAAUUACAAUGGUAGAGACAUGCAUGUGCCACCAAGAGUUUCUCCAAGAAUUAUAAGGCCAUCUCUGCCUCCUAAUUCUGCACCAUUCAUUCAUCCACCACCAUUGCGGCCUUUUGGUGGCCACAUGGGAUUCCAUGAACUAGCUGCUCCAGUGGUAUUAUUUGCAGGUCCACCUCCACCGAUAGAUUCACUAAGAGGUGUUCCCUUUGUUCCUCCAAUGCCUCUUUAUUAUGCAGGGCCAGACCCUCAGUUGCAUAGCAAGAUAGUCAAUCAGAUUGACUAUUAUUUUAGUAAUGAAAAUUUAGUCAAAGAUAUAUUCUUGCGGAAGAAUAUGGAUGCCCAGGGCUGGGUUCCAAUAACGCUAAUUGCUGGCUUCAAAAAAGUCAUGGAUUUGACUGACAAUAUUCAGCUUAUAAUAGAUGCAAUUCGUACUUCAUCUGUUGUUGAAGUGCAGGGAGACAAAAUAAGGAGGCAAAAUGAUUGGGAGAAAUGGAUCAUGCCUUCUCCUGUUCAGUUUCCUAAUGUUACAAGUCCUGAAGUGUUAAAUCAGGACAUGCUAGCAGAGAAAAUGCGCAAUAUUGCUCUGGAGACAACUAUCUAUGAUGGUGCAGGAGGACCAGUUGUUCUACCAGAUAAUUCAGAGCAUACACCUGCAUUUGGGGAUUUGAGCUCUCCAUUGCAGCUCUCAACUAGCGAAAUUACUGGUGAAGUUGACAUUCAUGGCUCAGAUUUCUCUACUUCAAGGAGAAAUUAGAGCUGCAAACGUGCUUAGGCACUUUGGUUUUUUUUUUGGGAGCCCAUAAGAGUUAAGGAGGACACUGGCAGGUAUCUUGAAAUUAUCUCAGUCUUUGCAUGUGGCACAAUGAGAUAAAUUCUCGUGAGACAUUUAGGAUAACAUGAUUGUUGAAUAGGAAGAAAAUUCCGAUUACAAAACAGAAAAAAUGACUAAAUGCGAAGAUCAACCCCCUCCCUCUAAAAAUGAAAACAAAGAAGGCAUUUUAUUUUUGGUUGUUGUGGACCUAGUGAUGCGACUAUUGUGAUAACUUGUUUUUGUGGGAUAUAUAUGUAUGUUCUUAGCCUUAGAGGACGGUUUUGCUUGCUUGAAUAUGCGGAGGAAUUUUGGCUGUUUUGUUUCCCGACUGCCCCUCAGCUGCUUUUUAAAAUCUGGGGUCAGCUUCCCACCGGUUUCAAGAGCUUUUUAUUAGUUAAUGGGCGUUGUAUGUUGAAUGAAUCUGAUGAUAGCUACCUGCUGCUUCUGAGGGAGGAAAUAUGGCUUUCUUGUGGCUGAGCUUGUCCUAGGACCACAUCAAAGAUGCUUGCUUGAUGUCCCUUGCUAUAUUCCGUCCUUUUCUUGUCUGGAAUGACAUUGAUAUUUAUAAUAUUUUUCAGUUUUCAUGUCUGUUUAAACUCAAAUUCCGACGCCAUAAAAAAUUUAUUGUUUUUUUUUUUUUUUGUCAAAAUUUAAGACCCGAAAAAAUUGUGCAUGCUGGAGAUUAAUUUUCUAUCUAGACCUGAAGAAGUUGCAUGGAUCAUUGAUAUUUUA